GACUGAUCCAGUUGAUUCGCCUGGAGCCGCCAUAUUGUUUUUAUACGGGAUGCUUAUUGGAACCUUUAAAGGUUUUUAUUGACUACCAUUCAAAACGCUGCAAACAAGUGACUUCCGAGAACUACAUCCAUGUAUUCAAGAUUCUUGACUUCGAAGAACUAAAAAAGCAUGUUUAGCUUUUUAGUUUAAACCGGUCCGGUGCGUAUAAUAUGGGAUUCCCAUUCUGCAUAUACAUGUAGCGACACACAACAACAAAAAUAAUUAAAUGGAGGACCCAACACCUACUUAUAGUAAUUUGCUUCCGAGAACAAAUGCUAAUGGAAAUCAAGGAGAUAUACCGAAUGAGCGCCAACGUCUAAUUGCACAAAGCGAUCAUGAAGAAAGAUCAUAUACUAGGCCGAGUGCUAAUAUUAUACCUCGUGAUUUGUAUCCGAGAUUAGAUGCUAUUCUAAGUCAAGAAAAUAUACCGAGGGAAUACCAAAGUCUAAAUGAACAAAGCAAUGAAGGAAGAACGUCUACUAUGCCCAAUGUUAUCACUAAAGACGCUGAUGAAAGAUCCUGUGCUACUAGCAGUGUAACCAGGAAGUCUGUCAUAAUAAUUAUAAAGGUGGUAGUUGUGUUAGCGGCUUCAAUAGGGAUUGGCGUUUAUUUCUCCCAGCAUCAUGAGACCUAUGACUGUACAGCAUCCUGUGUCAUUACCAACUCAAUGAUAGAUUGCAGGUCGAGACAUUGUAAUGUGGUACCAUCGAGACUGUUUAAUAGUUCAUACUCCACAAUUGAUCUGAGUGGAAAUGAUAUCAAUAAUGUUCCUGAACUGGCUUUUAUCAGGGCUCCUAUGGUUGAAGUUAUUUUGCUUAACAGCUCAAAUGUGAUGUCAAUUUCAAUGAAAGCGUUCUUUGGGCUAUUCCAUAUCAUGAGUCUUAAUCUCUCUGAUAACCAGCUCCACACCAUUUUGUACAAUACAUUUAAUGGCAUGAGUUUCCCAAAUGAUUUAUAUGGCGAGUGUCGGGAAUCACGUGGCCUCUCUUGGAAUGAAUGCUCUGUUAAUUUGAAAUCGAACCCCAUUGAAUCAAUCGAACUCGGUGCAUUUCAGGAUAGCCAGGGACUGAGGGUAUUCUUAGGGGCGACUGACAGUAUGACCGUGCAGACUGAUGCAUUUAUGUUUGGUGGCGUUUAUGAUAUUGUAUUUGAUAGUAUAAAAGAGCUUCGCUUGGCAAGAAACGCAUUUCACGCCAUUAUACAAUCAAGAUUUAUCACAAUUCUUAACUCAACCAUACCAAUGGUAGUAAGUGACACAUUCGGCGGAAUCAAUGGCCUUGAGAGUUUGGUGGUAGCCAAUUGCACGAUCGGACACGUGUCCAGAAAGGCAUUUGGGGGAAUCACGUUCAGUGGUAACUCAGAUUCUCCUACCAACAUUACAAUUAUGUAUUCCCUAAUCCAUAGCUCCUUUUCUCAGGAUUCUUUCCAAGGAUCUAAUAUGAAGGAAAUUAUUUUUCAGAUGAAUCACUUAACAGGGUUUAAAGCCUUUGCUUUUCGAGGACUGGCCACAGAAAAACUGAUAUUCAAAGAAAAUACAAACUUGAACCAAAUCGGUCAAGACUCUUUUGCUAACAUUGAAGAAGUAAAGCAAGGAAUUUAUUUCCAUGACAAUGACAUAACAGCAAUUCAGUCCAAUUCUUUUCAAAAUUCCAAAGAAAAUACAAACUGGAACCAAA